AUGGUGUGGCCCAUCUCACUUGCCCUGCUACGUCUGUUGAAAAUACUAGUGCUGCAGAAUAUGAACCGAACUUCAGUAUGGUGGAUGGAUCUUCAGCUACAAAAUCAGUGCUCGUCUUUUAUGCCGAGUUGCGAUGAAAAAUUGAAGCCUAAAGUAGGGAUGACAUUUGAAGGGCUUGAGGCUGUGGAGGAGUUCUACAAGUCGUAUGCACAUCAUGUGGGUUUUGGAGUUCGUGUCGGACAACAGAAAAAGUUGAACAAAGAAGUGGUUCAGACAAAGCGUUUCAUGUGCAGCAGGGAAGGAUUUAGGACUGAGAAGAACAAGGAGAUUAAAGACCCAUCAAACCAAUCAAAGAAAAGCCGUAAGAAUACAACCACACGAUGCGGUUGUGAUGCACAUAUCUUCGUCAAGUUGUGUGGCGACAACACCUACAAGAUACAAUCAUGGGUUGGGCACCAUAGCCAUGGCCUUGUAUCACCUGAUAAACGUCACUUGAUCAGAUCAAAUCGUAAAGUUAAUGAGAGGGCAAAAAAUAUGUUGUACACAUGUCACAAAGCAAGCAUAGGUACAUGCCAGGCGUACAGGCUCCUUCAAGUCAGCGAAGGUGGGUUUCCGUAUGUUGGAUGCAGCAAGAGGGACCUGCAAAACUACUACCGUGACCUCAGGCUUAAAAUUAGGAACGCCGAUGCUCAAAUGUUUGUCGCUCAGCUAGCUAGAAAGCAAGAAGUCAAUCCAGCUUUCUUCUAUGAUUUUGUUGUUGACAAAGAGGGGAACUUAAUGUAUGUUUUCUGGGCAGAUGCCAUGAGUAGGAAAAACUAUAGUCACUUUGGGGGUGAUGGUGUGGUAUCUUUCGAUUCUACUUACACCACUAAUCAAUACGACAUGAUCUUUGCACCAUUUACAGGGGUCAAUCAUCACUUACAGAGUGUGUUUUUUGGUGCGGCAUUCUUGUGCAAUGAGCAGACUGAGUCAUAUGUUUGGUUAUUUGAGACCUUCCUUACAGCAAUGGGAGGGGUAGCACCUAGACUCAUUAUAACUGAUGAAGCUGUUAGCAUGAAGAAUGCGAUUGAAACAGUUUUUUCGACCACAGUGCAUAGGUUAUGUAUGUGGCACAUAAUGGAAAAACUUCCUGAGAAGAUUGGACCAAUAAUUAGAGAAGAGUCUGAAUUUUGGGACAAGAUGAAUUCGUGUGUAUGGGGUUCGGAAACUCCAGCAGAGUUUGAAUCACAAUGGAAUUCCGUCAUUACGGAGUAUGGCUUGGAGGAAAAUGAGUGGCUGGUUAAAAGGGAGAAUGUGUAUGAUGAGCAUGGGAAUUUAAUAGAAGAGAAGGCAACCGAUUCGUUGAAUGAAGCUACGAGGAAGAAGAUUUCAGUUGUACGCAACAAGUUGGAAGAUCUAAUUCAGAAGGCCAAGCACUCGGAUGAAGGCAUGGAUUUUCUAACAUCGAGUGUAUUAAAUAUUGAAGCACCUUUGGAUGAAAUGGUUCCCACAUCAGGUGUGAAGCACACUAGACAAGAUGAGUAUGAGGCUUUUAUUGGUUGCAAUAUUCCUACUGAAAUUGACAUACACCCGCCAACUAAUGUUCGCACGGUGGGGAGAUGCAAAAGAAUAAAGAGAGGAAAGGAAAUAAGUGAGGAGGAACAGAAAAAUAAUAAGAAGGAAGCCAAGGUAAAGGUUGCACGCUUGUGCAAGACGUGCAAACAAAUAGUUUUUCAUGAUAGUCGCAAUUGUCCUAGCAAAAAAGAAGGCAAAGGGGCUGAGAUUGUGCUGCAGAUGAAGCCAAGUGGUGCUCCGUGA